GGUGUCCUGGACCGGUUUUCCCAAAUCCAGCCAAAGCUCAUCUUCUCGGUGGAGGCCGUGAUCUACAAUGGCAAGGAGCAUGGCCACCUGGGAAAGCUGCAGCAGGUGGUGAAAGGCCUGCCAGACCUGAAGAGAGUGGUGGUGAUCCCUUAUGUCACCUCCAGAGAGAAGAUAGACAUUUCCAAGAUUCCAAAUAGCAUGUUUCUGGACGAUUUCCUUGCCUGUGGGACCGGCGAGCAGGCGCCCCAGCUGGAGUUCGAGCAGCUGCCCUUCAGCCAUCCUCUCUUCAUCGUGUUUUCCUCGGGCACCACCGGAGCGCCCAAGUGCAUGGUGCACUCUGCUGGGGGCACCCUCAUCCAGCACCUGAAGGAGCACAUGCUGCACAGCAACAUGACGCACAGCGACAUCCUGCUCUACUACACCACGGUUGGCUGGAUGAUGUGGAACUGGAUGGUGUCUGCUCUGGCCACAGGAGCGUCUGUGGUCUUGUACGAUGGUUCCCCGCUCAUCCCGACACCCAAUGUGCUUUGGGACCUGGUGGACAGGAUAGGCAUCACCAUCCUCGGGACAGGGGCCAAGUGGCUGUCUGUGCUUGAAGAGAAAGAAAUGAGGCCAGCGGAAACCCACAACCUCCACACGCUCCAUACCAUCCUGUCCACCGGCUCCCCGCUGAAGGCCCAGAGCUACGAGUACGUCUACAGACACGUCAAGAGCAGCGUGCUCCUGGGUUCCAUCUCAGGAAAGGCGGUGUGGGGCCAGAGCGGCGAGCUGGUGUGCACCAAGCCCAUCCCCUGCCAACCCACGCACUUCUGGAACGACGAGAACGGGAGCAAGUACAGGAAGGCGUAUUUCUCCAAAUUCCCAGGUGUCUGGGCUCAUGGUGACUACUGCAGAAUCAACCCCAAGACAGGGGGCAUCGCCAUGCUGGGCCGGAGUGACGGCACGCUCAACCCCAAUGGAGUACGCUUUGGCAGCUCGGAGAUCUACAACAUCGUGGAAGCCUUCGAGGAGGUGGGGGACAGCCUCUGUGUGCCCCAGUACAACAGGGAUGGUGAGGAGAGGGUGAUCCUCUUCCUGAAGAUGGCUUCCGGGCACUCCUUCCGGCCAGACCUGGUGAAGCAGAUCCGUGAUGCCAUCCGCGUUGGCCUGUCUGCGCGCCAUGUGCCCAGCCUUAUCCUGGAAACCCAGGGUAUCCCGUACACGCUCAACGGCAAGAAGGUGGAGGUGGCCGUGAAGCAGGUCAUGUCGGGGAAGGCCGUGGAGCACCGCGGGGCCUUCUCCAACCCCGAGACCCUGGACCUGUACCGGGACAUCCCUGAGCUUCGGGACUUCUGAGUCACUCCGACUUGUGCACUGUGACUGUGCACCCUGGAAACAUCUGGAGGGCUGGCGGUAUAGCUCAAGCAGCGACAGCACCUGCCUAGCAAGUGUGAGGCCCUGAGUUCAAACCCCAGUGCUACAAAAAAAAAAAAAAAACAAAAAUACCCAAAAACCUCAAAAACACCUGGAAACCACAGCCUGCACAGAAGAACGUUUGCAUCAGGAGUUGACAGCUCGAGAAGCAGCACCCCUGUCCGAGUUAAAUGCACUGGGACCCAGGCCUUGGGCACCAGGAUGGGAUAUGCCCCCAAGGCUAGAAGGUCAUGUGGGCAGUGCACAGCCCUGCUCUCUGAACACAGGGGUCUGCACAUGGCCUCACAUGCUUAUCUAGUGAGGUGACCUGAGAUGCAGGCCGAGCUGCCUGCCAUCCUGGUGACAGUGUUCCUGAGAGUCAAGGUUCUGUUUUGCUCUGUGAAGGUGCAAAUCUGUCUUCCUGGUUCCUGGCUCCUGGCUUCCGCCAGGCCUCCUGUCCAGGGAGCACCAGGCAUGGCGUGGACUCCUCCUGGGCUAAGUUUUGUGCCCUGUCUUGCCAUGGACAGAGUGCUGUUCCAGUGGAGCCCUGUGUCACACUCCAGCCAGCCAGCACCACCCAGUGGCGGGAGCUCCUUCUGCUGAGCUGGCGGCUUCCAGCCUUUCCCAGGUCUCUGCACAACACUCUGACAGUUAAAAUGUCUUCAUGUUAAUUAGGGUCUGGUGUGGGGUCCUGCAAGCACUCCGUGUCACUCUGGGUCACUGCGUCACCACAAGCCUCCAGGGACACAGCUUCCACCGCAUGCUCCCCCACUGAAAGUUCUCAUCCGUUCCUGUGGACACUUGUCAGUGCCAGUGAAUGGAGCCACGGGCUCUGGCCACCAGGUCGUAUGUAUUUCUGUGCAUUAAUGUAUGUCGGGAUCCUGUGUUCUUUUUUCUAUUUUUUUUAAAAACAGCACAAUGAAAUAUCUUUUGGAAUUCCUUUCUUCUGCAUUAUGGGGAAAAGUGCUAUGAAGAAUUGUAUGCAAUAAACGU